AUGCAGCGAGGAGGCACGUUCACGGACUGUGUUGGGAAUCCGGGAACAGGCCGUAUGGAAGAUGACAUUAUCAUCAAACUUCUGUCCGAAGACCCCUCAAAUUACGACGACGCCCCGCUGGAAGGGAUUCGAAGGCUCAUGUCAAAAUUUACGGGCCGAGAGAUUCCCAGAGGUGAGCCACUUGACACAAGCAAGAUAGAAAGUAUUCGCAUGGGCACGACUGUUGCAACCAACGCAUUAUUGGAGCGGAAAGGAGAGAAAAUGGCCAUGGUCGUCACGAAGGGGUUUAAAGACUGUUUGGAGAUAGGGAACCAGUCCCGCCCCAAGAUCUUUGACCUAGCUAUCCGAAGGCCUGAUGUGCUCUAUCAGAGGGUCGUUGAGAUCGAUGAACGAGUGACGUUGGAAGACUAUGCCGAAGAUCCUGAACGGCAUAAGACAAAAACCGAAAACAGCCACGAGGACUACAAACACAGCAACCUUGUUCAAGGCCUGUCAGGAGAGGCGGUCAGAAUAUUAAGAAGACCCGACGAGGACAAGAUCAAGCAACAACUUAAGGAGCUUUACGAUGAAGGCUUCCGAAGCAUCGCCGUAUGCUUGAUGCAUGGCUACACGUUUCCCGCUCACGAAGCAUUGGUCGGCAAGCUUGCGCGCGAUACUGGCUUUCAGCACGUAAGUCUAAGUCAUGAACUUAUGCCAAUGAUCAAAUUGGUGCCUCGAGCCACAUCAGCCUGUGCAGAUGCCUACCUUACACCAGCCAUCAGGAAAUACAUUUCUGGCUUUCAAGCCGGUUUUGAAGGUGGGUUGGGCACGGAGAGUGUCAAGAAAGAGGGAGGUGAUAGAGGCGCAAGGUGCGAGUUCAUGCAGUCCGAUGGAGGUCUUGUAGACGUGGAUCAGUUCUCUGGCUUGCGGGCCAUUCUGUCCGGACCCGCGGGUGGUGUUGUUGGCUAUGCAUUGACAUCUUACGAUCCAGAGACCAAAACCCCGGUCAUAGGGUUCGAUAUGGGCGGGACGAGUACAGAUGUCAGCCGAUACGGCGCAGGACGGUAUGAGCACGUAUUCGAGACCACCACGGCAGGAGUCACUAUCCAAUCCCCUCAGCUCGAUAUCAACACCGUUGCCGCAGGAGGCGGAUCCCGGCUAUUCUUUAGAAAUGGGUUAUUCGUGGUAGGGCCCGAGUCUGCUGGCGCACAUCCUGGACCAGCAUGCUACAGAAAAGGCGGCCCACUCACCGUGACCGACGCAAAUCUCUUCCUCGGUCGACUGCUCCCGGACUUCUUUCCUAAGAUUUUCGGCAAACAUGAAGACGAAGGGCUUGAUCCAGAGGCCAGCAAGAAACUCUUCGAAGAGCUCACAAAGGAAAUCAACAGCAAGACAAACAAGAACAUGUCAGCGGACGAGGUGGCGUAUGGUUUCAUCAAGAUUGCCAAUGAGACUAUGACGAGACCUAUUCGAUCACUCACCGAGGCGAGGGGACACGACACUUCACAGCAUCGACUCGCGACAUUCGGCGGCGCAGGAGGCCAACAUGCUGUUGCCAUUGCCGAAUCCUUGGGCAUCAGACAGAUCCUCGUCCAUCGAUACUCUUCCGUUCUAUCCGCGUACGGGAUGGCUCUCGCCGACGUCGUGGACGAAAGUCAAGUUCCCGAAUCUCACGUUUGGGAUAUGAAAAGCGGUUCCUCCCGCGAUGAUUUAAAGGCGAAAAUGAACGAACUCAAAGAACGUUCCCGCAAACGCUUAAAGGACCAGGGCUUUGGAGACGACUCGAUCGAGUACGAAGAAUAUCUCAACAUGCGAUACCGCGGCACCGAGUCGGCAUUGAUGGUAAUCAAGCCCGGCUCAGACGAAGCAAAGGAACUUUACAACGGCGACGACUGGGCCUUCGGUGACGCAUUCGUCCGCCAGCACGAGCUGGAAUUCGGCUUCACCUUACCGGACCGAGACAUCAUCGUGGACGACGUGCGCGUACGUGGGAUUGGGAAGUCCUUUCGGGGCAUGUCCAAAACGGCAGACCAGCAACUCAAGGAAAUCACGCCAAAAGACGUGGCGGAGGACAAGGCUUACACGACAUCGCAGGUCUACUUUGAAGGCGGCCGUCUCCCCACAAAGAUCUACAGACUCGAGGAUCUGGAGGUGGGCACACGGAUCCCUGGUCCCGCCAUCAUCGCCGACGGGACGCAGACAAUCAUCAUCGACCCCAAGGCGUCGGCAUUGAUUAUCGAGACACACGUGGUGAUCAACAUUGGCGAAGAAGGGACGGCGAAAAGGGCCAACACCAAGGAUGUCGAUCCCAUCUUACUCUCGAUCUUCGCGCACCGCUUCAUGGCCAUCGCCGAACAGAUGGGGCGAGCGCUGCAAAAGACCUCUGUCAGCACAAACGUGAAGGAACGGCUGGAUUACUCCUGUGCCCUCUUCGACGCUGAAGGCGGCCUCGUUGCCAAUGCCCCUCAUCUGCCCGUCCACCUGGGGAGCAUGUCGACCUGUGUGCGCACACAGGCAGAGAUCUGGAAGGGCAAGCUGAAAAGGGGGGAUGUGAUCGUCUCCAACCAUCCGGAAUACGGGGGCACGCAUCUUCCCGACAUCACGGUCGUCACGCCCGCCUUUUCCGGCGACAAGAUCAUCUUCUACGUCGCCUCUCGCGCCCACCACGCCGACAUAGGCGGCAUUUUGCCUGGCAGCAUGCCUCCUCACUCGCGUGAACUGUACCAAGAAGGCGCCGCGAUCAAAUCCGAGAAACUCGUGUCGCAGGGCAAAUUCGACGAGAAGCGCAUCACCGAACUUCUGUAUGACGAACCGGCCCGGUACCCCGAGUGCAGCGGCACACGGUGCCUGGCAGACAACAUCAACGACCUCAAGGCGCAGGUCGCCGCGAAUCAAAAGGGGAUCAACUUGAUCAGUGCGCUCAUCGAGGAUUACGGCGAGGAGGUGGUGCAGUUCUACAUGCAGAACAUCCAGGACAAUGCCGAGCGAUCGGUGCGAGAGUUGUUGAAGGAAGUGCACCAGAGGUUUGAAGGUCAGCAUCUUCAGGCGAUGGAUUUCAUGGAUGACGGCAGUCCCAUCUGCCUGAAAAUAAAGAUCGAUGCGGAAAAGGGGGAGGCCCUGUUCGAUUUUGAGGGUACGGGACCAGAAGUAUAUGGAAACAUCAACGCGCCUGAAGCGGUGACUUACUCGGCCAUCAUUUACUGCUUGAGAUGUUUGAUCGAUCAGGAUAUUCCCCUUAACCAAGGGUGUUUGAAGCCUGUGGACGUACGCAUCCCGUCGGGCUGUUUUCUCUCUCCCAGUGAGAAGGCCGCCGUGGUGGGCGGUAACGUCUUGACCAGCCAACGUGUCACGGAUGUGGUGUUCAAGUGCUUCGAAGCAUGUGCAGCGAGUCAAGGAGAUUGUAACAACUUGACUUUUGGCUUUGGCGGGAAUGUGAACGGGAGCGCGGAGCAGAAAGGUUUUGGAUAUUAUGAGACUAUUGCGGGCGGGAGUGGUGCGGGUAAGGAUUGGGAGGGCACAAGUGGUGUGCACACACACAUGACAAAUACUAGAAUCACAGAUGCUGAGGUCUUUGAGAGGAGAUAUCCAGUGAUUCUCAGAGAGUUCAGUCUGAGGGCUGGCAGCGGUGGCGUGGGACAGCACAAAGGCGGAGACGGCGUCAUUCGAGACAUCGAGUUCCGCAUCCCUGUGCAGGUCAGUAUCUUGAGUGAGAGGAGAGUGUACAGGCCCUAUGGUUUGCAUGGUGGAGGUGAUGCUCAAUGUGGUAAGAACAUCUGGGUUAGAAAGAUCAAGAAGGGGGAGGUCAAAGGCUUGGGGGGCGAACAUGAAGGGAAGCGAAGAGAAGCUGGCAACGAGGAUGAGUAUGUGGAAAGGUAUAUCAACCUCGGAGCGAAGAACACUGCCAGGAUGCAGCCUGGCGAGAGGAUCAUUGUGAUGACACCCGGCGGCGGUGGGUAUGGCAAGGCGGGUGAGAAGUCUCAAGUCCAGAUGAGAGAGGACUAUGAGAAGCAUUGGAAGAAGGGAAGUCUGGCUUCCCGACUGGCAGAAUGGGAGUCUAGCUCUUGA